AUGCCACAUACGCAGUUUAACUGUAAAGAAAACGGGAACAGUGCCGCAGAGCAUCGCAACCCGACAAGUACCCCACAACAGGCCACGUCUGGCACCGCGCUGUCUUCAAGCGGCACCCCCAGCCCCCUUACCCAACAGAAGCGAGCGCUCCGAAUUAAAUUAUUUUUAACAUUCAUCCAGUUGUUCUGGUCUACGCCCGUCCCGCAGCACCUCGCCAGCCUCGGCGGUCGCCGGGAACGGACGAUCAGGUUGAGCCCCGGCCUGGAGAGCGGGGAGCCACCGCCUCCGCCGCGGGGGAGGCAGCGGGGCCGCCCCGGCCAGGGGAGGCGUGUCCUGCCCGCGCUCCUGUCAAACGCCGCCGGCCCCGCCGCUCGUCCCGGAUGCACCGGCGGCUCAGCGACCUCCCAUGCCGCCCUUACUCACCGGAGCUCCUGCUAUCCGGGAGUCGCGGCCACCCCCGGACAGAGGCACGCUGUUAGCGCCGGGAGACAGAGCCGCCCCGCUCCUCUCACCCUCGCAGCUGCGCUUGUACUCGGCCACCCGCGGGUCCCCGCGGGCGGGGUCGGCGGGACCCGCCGCGCUGGGAGUUCAGCCUGCAGAAGAGGGGAGCGGCCAGCGCCAAGAGACCGGGGCGCGGCGCUGGAGCACGGAGCAGCCCCGGCCAGACCCGGUGCCGCCCCCAGCGCAGUGGUGUUAGCGAGGACGGGAAGCCAGGACCGCAGCGCCCGGCGCCCACGGCGGGCGGAGGUUGCGGUGCGAGCCCUAGGAGGGGACACGACCUCCGCUUCGCCUCCCUUUCUCUCUCUGCUCCUCCCUCCCCCUGCCCGCCACCUCGGGGAGAGAGAAACGCCGCCGCCGCCACUCACCAGGCGGGCGGGACGCGGGUCCGCGGCGUCCUGUCAAGCCUCUCCUGCCGCCGCCCGCCUCACGCCGCCGCCAUGUUCCGGGGGCACGGCGCAUGCCCGGCAGCGGCACCGGGGGCGCGGGGCCUCCCCCCCGCCGUCCCCCUUCCGCCCGCCGCGGCGGGGGCGGCACCGCUCGGGGCUGCGCGACCCGCGGGCAUCCCGAGACACCGGCUUCGCCUCACGGCCGGCAUCCCCGCGCCCUCCGCCAUCCCCCCGCCGCGCCUGCAUCCCCUCACGGCCGCCGUCCCCGCAACCUCACGGCCACCAUCCCCGCGCCCCUCCGGCGUCCCCGCACGCCCGGCAUCCCCGCGCUCCGCCGUCAGUAUCCCCGCGCUGCAGCCGGACCUGCGGCGGGAGAGAGGGAAGGAGGAUCGGGGUUGGCGGGGGCUGCUGUGCCCGGGGAGCCGGGAGCGCUUUGUGA